AUGUCUUUCCAUAACAAAAACUUCUGGUUAAAUGGAGAGUCCGUUUCCCUUAAUGACGGGAUGAUGAAUGUUCAAACUUCCUCCAAAUUUGAGCAGAAACGUACUCAUCAAUGGGAUAUACCAGUACAUGAAUUCUUCAGUAACAAAAAGCAAGCAGUAGAAUCAAUAAUCAGACCAGUGCAAGCAGAAAAUGUGGACAUUUCCUUGUGGAAUAAUCCUUCCAGUUGCCAAUCUGUUUCUGCUUUUACUGACCAACUAUUUGACCCCGAGUCUGUGGGGACUUGUGAUCUUUCUGAUAAGACUACCUCAUGCUCUGAUUCUAACAAUAUGAAUGUGGGCAGAGCAGGUGGCAGUGAUCAGUUCGGGAAUAAUUCAUCGGUUAAUUUAGCUAUGAGUCGUGACAUUGAACACUCCAUUUGUGGCAUGGGAAAAGUUAAUGGCAACCUGGUUAGGGAUUCUGGAGGUGGCUUCUCAGAAUCAGUUGUCCACAUGGCAGGAAGACCAAUUGAUCAACAAUAUAGAAAGGAAGCUGGCAGGUUUUCCUCAACUGUUCCUGGAUAUGGUCGGGAGCAUGAAAGUAUUUUCUUGAUCAACCACAGUUACCAUAAACCUGCUGAAAUGGCAAUAGGUACUUCUUUUGACAAGAGGGAUGAUAAUUCAAACUUUAUGGCAAUGGUUCCAAACUAUGUUGAAGGUCAGGCCACCACCAUCUCUUUUGAAGCAGAAACCAGUGAUGCCUCUGUCAGGCUGCUCAGCAGUUCUGAUUUGUUAAUCAGACAAUCAUUGGAGAAACCUGCUGAAACUCAUACCCAAGAUAACUUGAUGGAGCCAAAUGAAAAUCAGGGUGCAAGUGUUGCUUCGUUGAGCAACAUAGCAGACGGUGCACUCAUUAAUAAGGAGCAGAAGAAGAAGAUACCUACAAAUAACUUUCCUGCAAAUGUUAAGAGUAUGUUAUCAACAGGUAUCUUUGAUGGAGUUCCUGUGAAAUAUGUUUCUUGGUCAAGAGAGAAAAAUCUUCAUGGAGUGAUAAAAGGGACUGGUUACUUGUGUGGUUGCAAGGACUGUAAUCAAACCAAGGCUCUCAAUGCUUAUGAGUUUGAGCGUCAUGCUGGUGGCAAGACAAAACAUCCAAACAAUCACAUUUUCUUUGAGAACGGGAAAUCUGUUUAUGCAGCGGUACAAGAACUAAAAAGCACUCCUCAGGAAAUGCUAUUUGAAGCCAUUGAAAAGUUGACAGGGUCUUCAAUCAAUCAGAAGAACUUUCGUAUUUGGAAAGCAUCUUAUCAAGCAGCAACUCGUGAACUUGAACGUAUAUAUGGCAAGGAGGAAGCAGCCAAGUUAUUAUGAGUACCAGACAUCUCCUUCUGGUUCUGAUGCUUGUACAUUAUAUAUAAUGGAAUUUAAUAGGUAAUUCACUUCAGAUGCUAAUGCUUGUGUGUGGCCUGUAAAGUAGCAUUAUUUACAAGUUUUUAAUAGUUUGCUAUCAAAACAGAAUCCUGAAUCUUUGGCCUAAGUCAACACUUUUCAGGUUUUCAUAUUUGCUAAUAUUAUCUCAUGAAACCUGUCUGAAAACAUGUGAGGAAAGGUUGCUAACUUCAUAAUAUAACAAAACCCUGAGUUUAGCCCCUGAAUAAAAAUGCUUUUAUCUGUUACGAAAAGUUGAUGUUCCUAACACUAGGAUGAGCAACUGUUAUAGUAUUUGGAGUAGACAGUUGUCGGUGUUUUGGCGAUAUUAUUGUUUUGUUGGUUAUUCGUUGACCAUUCUUAAAUGAUAUAGCUUGUCUAUUUUUUGGCUUUACCUAAAAUGAUAUUGUUUCGCUUAUAAUAGUUUGUUGUUAUCAUUGAGAUUAGAAUAGAGACAUAAUCCCCUCCAUUUAGAGUUCCAACUAUUUUGGGGAAAUCAGAAAUGAGGAUGUACAUCUAAAUUUGAAAUUGUAGGUUGUAUAUGGUUGUUUACGAAAAAUGUGAUGCACUACAGGCUUAAUGCUAUGUUAUUUAGAGUUUCUUAAAUUAUAUUUGACAUUUUCUAUCUAAAAGGAAAUAAGAAUGAAACAAUACGGUUUACAAC